AAGCUAAGGGUAAAUAUGAAAAAUAAGAUGCAAGAAUCAGGAUCAGGACAAGUGGCAAUGAUCUAACUUUAACAAUAAACUCAAAGGCUUGACUGUAGAGUUCCACAUAAAGCAGAGUGGAGGGGGGCUUAGCUGGUGAUGGUCUGCCCUGACUCCACACCUGCCUCCACACCUGCAAACAAGAAGACGCAGCAGCUCUUACAGGGAGAGGUGGUUAGAGCCGCUCAAGCAGGCAAUUCCAACUGCCAGACUAGCCAACCAGCAUAGCUUUGCAUGACUCACAAUUCAAAAUAAUCCUUAUCUGUCUAAUACUUGGCUUUGGUGCACCCCUUCUGUUUAUCCACUGUCGGGGAGAUUUUUUUCUGAUUGGCUGUACUUUACAAACACAAGGUUUGUCAUCAGGUGGGUGGACUCUCAGAACUCACAGCGAAAAUUGAUGACCAGUCUGAUGAACUGUACACUGACCUCAGUAUUUAAAAUUUUGCUAUAAUAUGAGGAUCAUUUAUAACAGUUUAAUACAGUAAAUAAGUAAUGACAUAAUAGGUCCACUUAGAGGAUUACAGUAAGAGGUGUGGCAUAGUUUCUGUCCAUAGUCUGUAGUCCUCACGCUGUAGGAAACUCUCUGUGCAUCCCUCACUAAAUGUUCACUGUCGAUCUGUGUGUGUCGACUGUUGCAUUGCAGCGGCAGCUCAAACACCCUUUUAUCCACAAUCUGCAGGACUGCUGGCAGACGCAGCGCCAUCUCUUCAUUAUGUGUGACUACUGCAGUACUGGUGACCUGCACACUUGUUGGUUACUGAAGGGCCACUUUGGGGAGGAAGAGGUUCGGCUCAUUGCUGCAGAGCUGGGCAGCGCACUGGGAUUCCUACAUGACUUAGGAAUCAUGCACAGAGAUAUAAAAAUGGAGAACAUUCUAUUAAAUGAUCAAGGUCACCUUCGACUGUCUGAUUUCGGUCUGUCUCGCCGCCUGAAACGAGGAGGGCGAGCUUUUACAAUAUGUGGGACGAUCCAGUACAUGGCUCCUGAAAUCUUGAGCGGGGGUCCGUACAACCAUGCUGCUGACUGGUGGUCUCUUGGGAUUAUGCUAUUCUCACUGGCGACAGGAAAGUUUCCACUAAUGGCAGAAGUAGACCACUGUCGAAUGCUGGCAAAGGUCAGAGAUUUUUCUUAUGUGCUGCCCGAGACCUUCAGCUCUGCUCUGAUCCUACUCCUCACUGAGCUUUUGUGCAAGAAUCCGGUGAACCGCCUUCGUAAUCUGGAGUGUUUCAAGAUGCAGAUGUUCUUCCGUGGCACUUCAUUCGACCCUUACAUCCUCCAGAAGACACCGGUUGACUUCAUCCUAGAGCUCAGGACGCACCCUGAUUGGGCAGCCAAAUCCACAAGAGGCUUUUCAUUGGAUUACUUCGAUAACUUUGACUGUGAUCACAUCCUUCACUCCCCCCGUGAGUCCCAGUGAAGUCAUGGGCUAGUCAAAGUCUCCUACUUUGGCCAGUGUGGACCUAAAAUUGCCUGCAGAGCAGACUUGCAAAGUGUAAAAUCGAUCUGUGUUUAUGGACACUAGAUACAUGAAUUCUGCAUGUGAUGGUAUUUCCAUAACAGACUUGUUUCUCUACAGACUUUUGUUACCUCUCUGAAUUAAAAGUUUAAAGUUACUUUUUCUUAAAUACUUGUGAAAAAUAUUAACAGUUCAGUUUAACAAUUAAUGUUAUAGGAAGCAUUUUUAACUGAAACUUCAGCAUGUCUCGUCCAUGAUGCAGUUGAAGGUGAGGUUUUGAUGUCUCUAUACACAUGUGUCCUUGUAUUACUGUAUAUCAUUUUAUGUUGUUGCUAACAGUUGUUUAAUAUACACUGUCUGUUGUUUUUAAAUGCAAUUGCUCAAAUAAAGUUUAAUUUUUAAAAUAAA